AUGGACGACUUCGAUCCUUUCCAGCAGAACUUCUCCAUCAAGAAGACCGACAACGAAACCCUGGUUCUCGGACUGGCACAAGUUAACGCACUAUACCAGGAUUUCAUCAGCACAAGCGCCAAUUAUGGCUCUCAGAUCGGAGCAAGCUUCAUGCUGCUAUUGACCAUUAUUGUCAUGAUGCCCCCCUUCAAGCCCAUCAAAGUCUCCUUGUGGCUCCAGAUCACCGGUCUCAUGCUCAACAUUGUCCGCAUGACGCUGCUGGCGGUUCACUUCACGUCCAACUGGUCCAACAUCUACUGUCUCUUGGCAGCCGACUACUCUCACAUAUCGCUGGCAGACCACUACCGCAGUGUUGCGACGGAAGCCAUUUCGCUACUUCUGCAUAUCCUUAUUCAGGUGUCGCUCGGCAUCCAGGCAUGGGCUCUCGUUAACCUGCUGCCGGGCCUCUGGAAGUGGGGUUUUACCGGGUUUUCCUGCUUCGUUUCAGCAGCAGCCAUCACCCUGCGAGUUUGGUGUAGCAUCGUUAACAUAAAGGCUAUUAUGUCGAUGUCGGUUGCCGGUUCGCUUUGGAUCUCCCAGAGCAGCGGCAUUGUCGGAGCAGUCUCCAUUACUUACUACUGCGCCUUGUUCAACAUCAAGCUCCUGAUGCACCUUGUUAAAAAUCGCGGCAUCCUUCCCUCGAGACAGGGGAUGAGUGCCAUGGAAAUACUGAUCAUCACCAAUGGCCUUUUGAUGAUCAUACCUGUCAUGUUCGCUGUUAUACAAUGGGGAAGCUGGAUCAACUUCGAGUCGGGCUCUCUGACCUACACCUCAGUCCUCGUCUUCCUUCCGCUAGGAUCCUUGAUCGCCUCUCGUGUCUCGUCCGGCACACCACGGCGAAGUUGUUGCACGACCAAUUCCAUUGCGCUUCCCAAAGUUGGCUUGAACAGCGGGCCGAGUACCCGCAUAUAUGGAAGCACCCAAGGUGCUGUCACCUCGCACAUUGAGUCUGUCCAUGUGCGCCCUCACCCUCAUGCUGAUUCGAUUGGUGCCGAGUCGCAGCACAUCAUCGACGAUGACCCCGAGGAGGGAUUCAUUCGAGUGGAUCGAGAGAUGGCACUCUACGAAGAGAGAAUUUGA